AUGGCAUCAGACAGGAGGAGAAGCCCGAGAUCUAUCAGACCUGAUGUGACCGUAUUACCAGAACUGCCACCCAGGAUCGCAGCUAUCUUCCUGAUCUGCUUUGACGUCAAGGCUGGCUACACGGUAAAAUGGAAGCGAGCUAUACCAGAGGGUUUACACAAUGUCAGGGAAGAUCUUGUUUAUUUCGUCCAUCAGCAAUAUGCUGGCAUCAGCGCGUUUAUCAACCACCCCGCAGCAGAGUCCGAGCGGAACGCCUUGAUGAUAGCUGUUGGGGUUCUAGUACCGCUCAGCUACGGUAGGCUAGGAAAAGCCUGGAGACAUACUGCGAAACUAAAGGAAUUGGCAAGGAGUCUUGCAGAUGAUUCUGAUAAUACAGACCCCUUGUCUGCGUACUGGGAGACGCACCAAUUGUCCGAAGAUACUGUGUCUCCUCCAGAUUCCCCGUCAGGUUCAAUCGCAAGCCUAAAAACUCCUGUUCGUGACGUUUAUGCCAGACAUCGCGCGCUUAGCGAUGCCACAGCGCUUUUGACCUCGAAACAAUCGCUUGCGCCCUAUCAUCCGGCUCUCUCUCUUCCAGAGUUCUUAGAUACUUUUGGACCGCUAGUUUUCCAAUUGUAUCGAGCAGCUCUAUUACGCAAACGGAUUCUUUUAGUGGGUGAGGCGCCCGUGGAAGAAUCAUGUAACUUCGUCUAUGACUUGGCUCUUCUCUCGUCGCUUCCGCAAUCCCUACUCCCUCUUCUCCCAGCAACUGCUUCUGCAGCUCUAAGGCCUCGACCUCUAUUCAGUAUUGGCAUCCAUGACAUGCCCUACAUAGCAUCACUCUCAUAUCCUGCCGUCUCGGAUCCCGAUAGCUGCUGGAUUGCAUGUACUACUGACCGUGUGCUCAGUUUGAAACCCGAGCUUUAUGAUGUGCUCGUAAACCUACCCCCGGCUUACUCUAAACAUGCACCAGAUCAGAGCACCCACCAGCCACAAGAAAUCGCAUUAAUAACCUAUUUCCGCCGCCUAACCACACAAAUAUUCACAGUGGUUUCUGACGUCAUCGCGCGUCAGGAUGAAAACGCAGGAGUGACCGAAUCCGCAUUGGUUCCUGAGAGCAAUGGAUCCAGUAUCGACGCCGAUGGAGAUUCCGCGCUGGACACGGCGUUAUCUUCUACCGAACCCUUACUGCCUUCAUCGUCUUCCCGCAAUUUGUUAGACGAGGACGAUAUCAUCACCAUUACAUCUAGUGACAUGACGGAGAUGGGGCUGGAUACAUGGAGUGUAUCGGAUCGAGCAUUUGUGGAGGAACUUGUGCAUAUCUGGUGGGGUCGCAAGGCACAAGUUCACGGAGCGAGAAUUAACUGCUGUGGGAUAGCAUAUCAUGGGGUGCCAGCUUCUACGUACUUAAAUAAAAACUGUCGCCGUUUGUAA